GGAAAAAAUUUGUAAAAAUGGACAACGAUGUUGCACAAACGUACAACGCUGUUGAAGAACUUUCUGAUUUUGAUUGGAAAAAUGGUAUUUAAAGUAACAACGAUGUUGAAAAUGCUACAACGGUGUUAAAAAAGUUUCUGAAAAACAUAGAGUAAGAGGACUCCAGCGAUGUUGGGUUAUCAUACAUCGCUGUUGGUUCAUGUGAGGUUGACACUGUUUCCCUCAACAGCGCUGUUGGUCACCUUGAUAUCACUGACAAGAACCGGGCAGGAACCUCCAAAAAAUCCAAGGCCAAAUCCCGGGCUCCUACCACGACCUUCGAGGAACGCCUCUACUACGGCGACGGGUCGUACCUCUGGUUCAAUUCCGAGGAGGAGCGCACCCGAUUUGUUACCUUCUUCUCCAAGCGGGGUUGCGGCUCCCCCGCGGAUUGUCCCAGAGCGACUACUAGAGUUGCUCGGCUACGACUUCCUCGAUGUGCAGCUCCACCAAACCGGGCUAUGGUCGUUCGUCUCCAAGGCCCGGAAGGAGAUCAACCCAGCGCUGAUUCUGUUUUUCUACUCGAAUCUCCGGCGUGAGGACAACGUCAUCUAUAGCCUCGUCAAGUCCACGCCAAUUGAAGUCAACGUGGAACGCCUUGGGCGCAUCGCCGGCCUCCCCUACCAAGGCGACGACAUCUCCACCUAUGGUGGAGAAGAUUGGGUCCUCAACAACGAGGGCCUAGUCCUCAACGAGCUCGGCAUCACCGAACUCAUCCGCCAUCCCACGGGCCGCCCCACCAUCCACUCCAUGACCCCCGAGAGCCGCCUCCUUCUCUACAUCGUAUCCCGGAUCAUCAAGCCCCGAAAGCACGGGCACACGAUCAUGUCCGGCGAGGAUCUCAAGCUCCUCCACGCCAUCAUGGACUCGGCGCCGAUCAAUAAGGCGAAGUUUGUCAUGAUUUACAUGACGGACGCCACGUCUACCGCCCACAAUCACCUCCUCCCGUACCCCUUCUUGGUGAUGGACAUCCUUGAACGGUUCAAGGCCCAGGCCAACCUUGCCUCCAUCACCGACUCCCUCAACCGGCUGAACUUCAAAGUCAACGGGAUGGGCGGGUACCUUGAAUGGCUCGACGAGGCUGUUCAACACCAAGGGUACGCCAUGAACGCAUACUUCCAACGCGUCAACUACGUCCCCCCACCGUACCAAGGCACGUUCCUUGGGCAAGUGUACGGUGACGAUGACGAAGAAGAUGGCUCCUACGCCCCGUCAAGCUCCCCGGAUGAGGGUGAAUUCGACGACGCUAUUGAUGGUGAUGAAAUGGACGUCGACGAUGAUGAGGAGGAAACCGAAGCGCUGUUGACCCAGCAAAAGCGAUGUCAGGCCAUUUUUCACCCUUCAAAGUCAGGCCUGAACAGCGAUGUUCAAGUAAUGCACAUCGAUGUAGGCACCUGACCGUUGGAAGGAAUUUAUGGCUGAAACUUUCCAUGUUUGGAAGUCAACAACCAAAACAGCGAUGUUGGCCUUUUGGACAUCGCUGUUGGCCUGACCGUUGCUUCUUGAUAUUCAAAAACUAAGCCUAGAACAGCGAUGUCCAAGUCAUGGACAGCGCUGCCAGGCUAAUUUUUAGUAGAUCCAAUUUUAAUCAAAUCCCACAAAUUGUGCCAAUCACCCCCAUUUAGCUCCUACCCGUUGGAGCCUAUUUUUCUACUAUAAAAUGGGGUGUUUGGG